UGCCCGCCCACGCGCUCCCUCCGCCCCCUCGCGCCAUCCUCCGUCUCCAACCCGCCCCCGGCGGCUCACGGACCGCCUCUUUCUCGCCGCCAUGGCGGAGUUUUGCGUUCUGCUGGCCCGGAAAACGUCGAGCGCCUUCUGGAGACUACUGCCCGUCGGCCCGGGGGGCAGCAGUUGUUUGCUUUCCAGGGUCCUGGUUCGUCCAUCUAGCAAAGCCGCGGAGCAGUGCAGCUCUGGAAACUUCUGCCAUGACAACGACAACCGGGAGGACCAAAGGCACUCGGUCACCAACGUGAGGACAUUGGAGAUGCAGGCCAGCAAGCUGGAGGAACAAGUGCAGGAUCUGACUGAAAAAUAUAAAAAAGCUUUGGCUGACUGCGACACGGUACGAAAGAAGACGCAGAAGUUCGUGGAGGAUGCCAAGCUGUUUGGCAUCCAGAGCUUCUGCCGGGACCUGGUGGAGGUCGCUGACCUCCUGGAGCGGACGGCGGUCGAGUUCGAGGGCGAGGAGGGGGUGUCGCUGAGGCUGAACGAGAUCCAGAGCUGCCUGCAGGGCGUCUUCACCAAACACGGCCUGGAGAAGAUGACCCCGGUGGGGGGUCAGUACGACCCCUACGACCAUGAGAUCGUGUGCCACGUGCCGGCUGAAGGCGUCCAGCCAGGCAUUGUGGCCGUGGUCAGACUGGACGGUUACAAGCUGCACGGCCGCACCAUCCGGCAUGCCCUGGUGGGCACCGCCUUGCACACGCAGGAGCAGUGAUCCAUCACGUGCUGAUUCUCAUUGGCUGACCCGGCCUACAGACUGAAGCUCAAACCUGCCAUCGUUUUUACUGGUUUUUGUCGCCAUUGACUUGACUGUUUAAUAUUUAACUAAUUUAGUAUUUAAAAUUCAUGUGUUUCUUUGUGUUCUAUAUUUCGUAACUUUAUUUUGUGCAGUUUAAUGAACGUUAUUUAUUUGAAGUGUCUUUUCAAUGCUUAUGAGGAACCCUUAGAACCUUUGAAGGACUUGUGGAGGGUUAGGGUACUGAUUCUAAUGUAAAACACACCUGCUCGGUUAUUAGGCCCCCGGUGGCGGAGGGAUAUGUUUGUUCGAGGCGCUCUGAGGUGCGGGCAAGGGGUCCCGGUUCGCUGCAGGAGGACUAGAGUGUGUUGACAUGGGGGUGUCUUAGUGAAGCAGGCUUUCAGAAUGUGGUGGAGGGCGAACUGGGGGCAGGAUACGUAUUUCCAGUUAAGAGGGACAAGGGGGCCUAUUCAGUGUGUUUAUCCUAGUUUCCUAAUACAUCUUUGCUAGCUGAAGGCGCUUCUGUUUUAGGUAUUAAAUCCACACUAUCCAUAGAGUGCCUUGAAAUGUAGGAUUGUUCACUCGGAUUGUUCUUGUUUGAAUUUCGGACCUUUCAUACCGUCCUUUCAGUAUUGAAUCCCUAUCUGUAAUUUUUAGAAUAUAUUGAUCGCAGUGAAGUUUAUUAUUUAAAUUGUGACAUUACCAAGCCUGAUAUUUGCAUGUUGUUAGUAACUUUGCCAGUUUUGGAAGUUUUUUUUUUUUUUUAUAUAUACGCUAACCAGUUUAAUACCCUUCUGGGAAACAAUUCUCACUCUGGAUGAUGUUUCAGGUUAUAUUUCAGUUUGCUGUUUUUUUUUUUACUUCUCAAAAGGACAGAAUGCAACAGACUUGACUUUGUGCUUCAAACUGAAAGUGACUGUCCAAACCCCAGGACACUGACAGGUGACAAGUAAUUACUUGCUGCGCUGUCGGAAACCGGCUGUUUGUUUGUGUUUAAGGGCCCCUGCAGUUAUUAACUUCCCGAUGGUUGGCUUCGACUGAAUGUAUGUAAUUUCUGUAUCUUUUGCCUUUGCUGAUGGAGUUUGACGAGUCCCUGCUUGUUUUGGGAGAACAAAGGAUACAAUUUUGGUGCGAGGUUCUGUAAAAAUAAAAAUCUCACAGCACACUGGUGAAAAUAAAAACGUAAUGAUGUUUUCCUCGU